CACUUCUCACUGCAAGAGCACGCUGUGGUAUCAUGGGAAGAGGCAACAACUUGAUCUGACCCCAGGACCACAGCCAGAACAGGGGUAAAUGCAUAAACUGCAGAGCUCCUCUGCAGCCAAGUUGGCUAAAAUUUUCAUCAGACUGUCCUCAAGAUCAAAGAGCACAGGAGGAAGACCUUCAGCUCCACUGGGUUCAAGAUUUCUGACCAAUCCUGAUGACAUCUUUAAACACAACAUGUGGGAUCAUGUACAAUGGACAGAAGAGGAUAAAGAAAAUGCACAGCAAAAGGCAGAAGAAAAUUCCUGUGUAAAAAUUCCUUUAAAGGAACAAGGUAAAUUUGACACAGAGGCUUGCCAAUACUGGGACAAGUUUUAUGGGAUGCACCAGAAUAAGUUCUUUAAAGAUCGCAAGUGGCUGUUUUUAGAAUUCCCAGAGCUGCUUCCUUCAGGUGCAAAAAGCCAAGCUACAAACACGUGUCUGGGGGAUCAACAGGCGGCAUACCCACCACCUACUGGAUCCAGCACAGACACAGAAACCAAGCACCAGCCACCAUCACCAUCACACCAUCACAGAAGUACAGACACCUCCGAUCAUCAGGAACCUAGACUAGAAAAAGAUGAAGCUGCCACACAGACUCCUACUUUCCCAGGCCAGCAUGCAUCUUUCAAGAUCUUGGAGGUGGGAUGUGGAGUGGGUAACAGUGUAUUUCCCAUCGUUAAUUCUAUAAAAGAAACGAAUGCCUUUUUAUACUGCUGUGACUUCUCUCCAUGUGCCAUUCAGCUGGUUAAGGACCACCCAGACUACGAUGACUCAGUGUGUCAUGCCUUUGUCCAUGACAUUUGUGAGGAGAUGGCCUCAUUUCCCUUCCCUCCUCACAGCCUGGAUGUUAUUCUGACAGUCUUUGUGCUCUCCUCUAUUCAUCCAGACCGAAUUCAAGGAGUUGUGAACCGACUAUCUACAUACCUGAAACAUGGAGGGAUUUUUCUCUUCCGGGAUUAUGGGAGAUAUGACUUCUCACAACUCAGGUUUAAGAAGGGACGGUGCUUAUCAGAGAAUUUCUACACACGUGGAGAUGGAACCUGUGUGUACUUUUUCACUAAAGAAGAGGUUCAUGGUUUAUUUUCCAAUGCUGGACUGGAGGAAGUUCAGAAUCUGGAGGACAGACGACUCCAAGUGAACAGAGGAAAGAAAGUUGCAAUGCACCGGGUUUGGAUGCAGAGCAAGUAUAGGAAAUUACAUCCACCUUCACCAUCUUGAUGCCACGCCAUGCACAGCCUGCUUUGGAGCUAUAUGACUUUUUUAAACUUUGCUACUCAUUCAUCCUGAACAGUUUUUUUUUUUUUU